AUGCUUCGGGCGGCGUUCCGGGCGCAUAGCCUUCGAUCCGCCUCAGCCGCGUCCCGCCGCGCUGACUGUCGCUUCGUGCAGCCUGCCCGCGUCGCUGCCGUCGGCAGGCGCUGGGUAUCAGGAGGAUCGCCGGCCCCGCAGCCCCAGCCUGAUCCCACUGAAGCCGAAACUUUUGCGGAGAGCAAAAAGAAUGGAGAAUGGCGCGAGACCGCGUGGAAGAUGUUCGAGAGUGCGAUGACAACCUUUGCAUCCAUCUCGGUCUUAGGGCUCGUAGGAUACAGUUAUACCGUCUACUACAAGAGAAUGGUCAUUGAGAAGAUGGACAAUGCCUUCAGUCCAGGAGACCCUGUACUUACCAUAGCUAAGGGUGGACUCCCUCGUGCCAAAGAGGCAGAGGAAGGCGAUUGGAUCUACAGAGACGAGCAAGAAAAGUUCGACGCCAUUAUGCGGGGCGAUGACAGAGGCCAUUACCAUCUGAUCAUCGGCGAAAAAGGCACCGGCAAAACAUCCAUGAUUAUUGAAGCCAUGUCCAAGAACAACGGCGAGGGCGUCGCCAUGUUUGAAGCUCACUCGGACCCCGAAAUCUUCCGCAUCAGGCUAGGAAAAGCGCUGGACUUUGAGUACCACGAGGACAACAUCGGUUCCCUCUUCUCCAUUCGUGGCCCCCGGGAUGCUUCGGCUCUGCUCGACAUUGAACGAGCAUUCAACAAGCUGGAGAAGGUUGCCCUGAAGCGGAGAGAGAAAAUAGGCCGGCCGCUGGUCCUUGUCAUCAACAGCGUCCAUCUUCUCCGUGACGACGAAGAUGGCAAAGACCUGAUUGAGCUCCUGCAGCAACGUGCGGAGCAGUGGGCAGCCUCCAAUCUCGCUACUGUUGUCUUCAAUUCGGACGAUUACUGGGUAUAUGAACGACUGAAGCUCUUUGCGACGCGGAUGGAGGUUACACCCGUCAAGGAUCUUCCGAAGUUCAAAGCUCUGGCUGCCUUGAGGCUCUACCGCAUGAAAUAUUUUGGCCAAGCACCUUCGGAUGAGGACCUCGAGUAUAUUUACAACAGGGUUGGUGGCAGGUUGUCUUUCCUCAACCGUGUUGCAAAGGCCAGUGACAUGAAGGCGCUUUGCAACAAGAUUUGCGAAGCAGAAAAGACGUGGUUCCUGAACCAAUGUUGGAUCCUCGGUGAGCCCAUGGAUGAUGACGUUAUGGACCAACAGAAGUACGCUUCCGCGGCUAUGGUCUUGGCCAAGGCGCUCUACGACAAGGAGAAGGAAAUGGAGCAGAUCUAUGAUACGGAAAGGGGCCACAUACUCCCCGAAAUCCCACUGCACAAGGCGCGCGAGAUCAUGACCCGAGCCGACUUCAUCAAGGACUACGACCACGUCAACAUCUUCACCAUCGACUCCAGAGCCAUGGUCCGAGCCGACUCGGUCCCCAUGCAAAACGCCUUCCGUGAAAUUUGCUCCCAGCCUGGCUUCGAUCAGCACCUUGAAGACACGCUCGACCGCAUUGGCGCUAUCGAGAGUCUUGGUCGUACUCGCGAGCUUACGAUCAAGGAUCUCUGGAAUGGCGGCAAGUACAAGGUUACUACUCAUGACUACAAGGGCAGGGUUAAUGGAGACGUUACGAUGGAGGUGGAGGGUGGAGCUGGUCCUGGGCCAGAGGAUGAAGAGGAGAAGGAUGAUUAA